ACCGACAUAUAUUUAAACACAAUGUAACGCUUCAAGACUCAAAAGCGAUUGAUCUGACAUCGAACUUGCGACAAGUAACUAUCGAGCCAGUUUGAGAUUUUCUUGGAGCGGCUCGUUAUUUCGUUCAUUUCGCUAUUUCCCUCUAAAAUUGAAUUUUCGUUCCAGUUACUUUACGACCGCCGACUGCGGAACUGUGUUUGCCUGUGCCGAGUCUCGCUUCUGGAAUGCAUCGCUGGAAUGCACCUAAUGUCUCGGCGUGCUGAGGCGGUUUAUUGUUUCUUGUGCGUUCCUUGUCGCCCGUGCGUUUGACGAUUUCCUGCCGGAAGCCCAUGCGAAGGCUGUGCGGCGCCUUGCACCAGCUGUCCAGAGGGCCGACGCAGCCACGGCACCGCGCACGAUGACGUCCCUUUGGAAGUCCGUCUGGUCGGCCCCCAUGAACCUGCUGGGCAGGCUGCGACACAAAAAGCUUGCUGAGGAGUGGGUGGGCAUCCAGCAGCCCGUGCUGGAGGGCAUCACCUUCUACGCCAAGUACCUGGGCAGCACCCUGGUCGAGGAGCCCAGCGGGGACAAGGCCACGGCUGACGCCAUCCGGGCUAUCAUCGGCAUGGCCAAGGCAAGCGGGAAGAAGCUGGCCAAGGUGGCCCUGACAGUGUCCCCCAAGGGCAUCUCGACGAGGGACGUGGCCACAGGAGAACUGCAGCUGGACGUCUCCAUCUACAGGAUCUCGUUCUGCUCAGCGGAUGCCAGCUUCGACCGGGUGGUGGCCUUCAUAGCAACGCACAGCAACGAGGUGAUGGAGUGUCACGCCUUCUUGACGGCCAAGCGCAAAGUGGCCCAGGCGGCGGCCCUCACCAUCUCCCAGGCCUUCCAGGUCGCCUACACCCUCUGGCAGAGCGUCCAGGAGGACGCCAAGGUCGAGACGGCCGACCAGCCGGAUGCCGCCGGGAGGACCACGCCCCUGAUUGACCUGUCGGCAGACACGGGCGGCUUUGGCCGGCUGAGCCCCGGGGCGUCGCAGCCCCAGGUGUACCACAGCGGCCUGGGACCCCAGGAGGAGGAAGAGCUGCGGCGGUUCGUGGCCUCCGGAGACUGCAGUCGGGAAGGGGCCCUCAAGGCCCUGGACCCGGAGGACGACCUCCUCACCCUCUGAGGGGCGCCGCCCGCCGCCCCGACGGGCCACGUGUUUUGCGCGUUUCGGUUCUCACUAAGGAGCCUGGGACGCGUCUCCGGCCGGCGUGCUCAUUGCACUUUAAAAAGCGGUCCCUCCGCUUCCGCCCGACGACGUCUUAAAUGUGUCAAGCCGUCGCCGGCCGCAAUCUGCUGCAGGCGCCUGUUCUGCUGCAGGUCCCGCAUGGAAAGCACUCUUUGGGUAUCAUUUUCACGUUCGGUACUCGAUUCUUCUUCUAAACUCCCGGAUAAGUUUGUUUGGAAAGUUCUCUGUUCCGAGGAUACCGAGGGACGCAAAAAGAUUUUACGAGCCAAUAACUGUGAAGUCUCAUCGUAAUUUGCACAUUCUCGCACUUGUUCGCAAGAUAAUUGAAAUCGUGGAUUGGCAAUAGAUUGACAUACCAUUAGCAAAUACUUUUUUGGUGUAAAUUAUGUAUCGAGGCACCAAAAGCUUUUUCUAUGGAACAUUUACACGUGGAUUUAAAACAGCAUGCAUCAGACCAUACCUAUGCAAGCACCAAAUCUGCCAAGCUCGGUAAAAAAAUUCUGACAUUUUUACAUAUGAAAUGGAACGCUUUAUAGGGUUGCACCUUUAGAGCCUCUGAAAUUCAUUCCUCCAAGGUGAUUGCAACAUCCACAGUCAUUCAUCUCGAAUCCCUGGACACUUCGUAACAACCAAGCAGUUCAAAUUUAGACUUUAAAAAGCAGAGUGGAAAACCCUUUCAAGGUUUGCAACAGCUCUAAUUAAUGGUAAUAAGAAACAACAAGUUUAAGAAAUAGAAAAAUGUAACAAGGGCUGACGCAUUCGUUUUUUUGCAUUCUGAUUUUUAAAAUCUUUUUUUUUUUUCUUUUUCUGGCUCUCUUCAUUGUUUACAAUGUUGUGGGGCCAGUUGAGUUUGUUUGGGAUCAGCUAUGAGAGGCUGUCCACCAUGAGAAGGGAUCAUUCUAAAAGGUGGUGCUGUGGGCAGAGGUGUACACCAGUGAUCCACACGAGGAUGAAUACACGAUCCUUGCAUCGUAUUCGGGUCUUUUGGAAUCUCAUAUUUUGUGUCCUGGACAUUCACAUAGUAGUGCUUCUAAACAUGGUGUCUGGCAUCUCAAUUUUGUAAGGCUAGUUUGGCGAGUGCGGUGCAUACAACUGGCAACUCAAGUUUCUUUUUUCUUUACAUCCGUCGGGCACUGGCAGCAAUUACUCGAAAGAACACCAUUGUGAUGCAAUCUGAGUGCACAGCACGAGUUUUCUCUUUUCGUGCUGCUGAAGCUGCAACGUGAAGCCUCAACCACCUAGCGAGCACUGCGAGGUAGACAGACGUUCUCAAUCUUUGGAUCUGCUUCAGGGGUGCUGCGAAGGGUUUGGUGCAGAACUCGAGUGCAGUUUGCCUUUACAUUGAUCUUGGAUGUCCCCUUUCCCAUGCACCAUUCACGCUGUGUGUUAAGGAAAGUGUGUGCAGCAAUGGGUCUCCGACCUACGAGGCCAUCUUUAUGGUUGGCGUUGGUUGCUAGAUUCCAACGCCUCGUGGGUUCGAGUCACGCGGCGAGACUCGAAUGCUACGCAACGUUGAGGCUCACUCUGCAAAGCCGUGCCGGCUCGGUUAGAGCCGGGCAGAUGUUCUUGCUGCAUUUAUAGUUUGUGCUAUCUGUCUGAAAACAUGACUCUUAGGUUGUUUUUAAAAGUGUGCCUUGAAAACUAUGUAUGGGGAGAGCUUGUAGCCCUUCUCUUCGCGCUGUUGCAGAGAUGGGCUUCGCUACAGCGUGGGUUUUUUCGUUGUGCGUCUAUCCCGGUGCUGAAAUGUUUAAUGAGCUUCAGAGUUAUUUUUGAGCAUAGCUAAAACGUUGUUAGUUCGCUUGCGUGUAACUCCCGCAAUCCUUUUUUGGCUCGUAAUAUUGUGCUCUCGUUGAAAGUUGUUGCUACUUUGUUUCUCACUUUUUUGCUGUUAUAUACAUAGAUUUUGGAAAAUAGAAGUGGUGCUGUGGCAUUUGGGCAACACAGAAUAAAUGAUCUUGGUCAUA